UUGUUGGACAGCACUGAUAGCUUCAACCUUCGCUGCGCCGCUUGGGAUACAGCAGGUACUUCUACCAAUUCCUCGGAUUGUGGAACAGCACUACUGUCUUUACUUCGAUCUUCGCCUCUUUGGAUACAGCAGUGGGCUGUUCAGCCUUGGUUAUCUCUGGGUGAACUUCUGAUGCUGAUUUCUGUUGUCGAUACUCUAAGCUCUCGAAUACAUCGAGGACUAGAUUGUUCCACUGGUUUGACGCUAUCUGUGCGACUUCUUGAACAGCAGCUACUUCUACCGAUUCCUGGGAUUGUGAAACAGCGGUCUCAGGCUUUUUUACUUCAGGCUGCUCCUUUUCAGUCUGUGCGACUUCUUGAACAGCCGAUACAUCUACCGGCUGCUGAGGUGUAG